CCGUCUCACCUUGUGAAGGGAGCGAGGGGGGGAGGAGGAAACAAAACGCGUGUUUUGCAUUUUCGCUUGAUUUUGUCACUCCCUCGUAUCAAAAAAUGGAAACACUCAGAGUGGGUCUCCGGAAUGAUGUGGGAACAUCAACAAUCAUUGAGUUUAAUGGAGAAAACUAAAGGAGUCCUUUUAAGAUGACACUCACCGAACCACUUGACUUAUUGGUAUCAAGUGUGCAUCGAGACAUAAAGGUUAUCCCCAUUUCUUCACUCUCCAAAUCCUUGCAACUCUCCAAAGAAUGUAAUUCUUUAAAUUGCAGCACACUGGAAGACAUUACGAGCAAAGUCAAGAAGCAACACUGCCGUACCUUUGAUUAUAACUCACUGGAGUACCCAAAUCAUCAUAAAUACUCAAUGUAUUCCCCAUACAAUAAGAAGACGGAUAGGCAUGGAGCUAAUCUAAAUAUUGUCUGGAAUGCCCUGGGCCACCAGCAGAGGUACCGCUUUUCUGCUCCAGACAUUUUCAAUUAUAGGUUAACAUCUCAACCAACGGAAACACAUAUGGACAGUGAGCCUGCUGUUCCUGAGCAUAAACGAAGGGCUCGGUCAAAAAGUGCACCCCGAAUCCAAACCAGUCUCACCCCUAUAUCAUCGGAGUCCUCAUCCUCAGGGAGGAAGGGAAGGGAGUCCCGACGGACUGUUGUAGAAUCUCACUGGAGACAUGAUAUAUCACCACGUAAGGAGUCCUCCUAUGCAGCAAAUAAAACACAUUUACAUGAAAUACAUCCUGCUGGACUUCAUCCUCAAAUUAGUGAUAACAAUAGAUAUUAUUCACCCCGUUACGUGGCUAAUACCUAUGAGGAGGCAUUGCUGGAUAAACCAGCAACCAGCCCUCAUGUCAGAUGUCGGGUAGACAUUAAACCAAAUGAUUCAGCAUUACAUCAUACUGGACAGAAACAGCCUACUCCUCAAAUGGACAUCCCCUGGCAGAGACACCACAAUUUCGGGAGUAGGAGCCUGACUGUCCCCCGCCAUUUCUCCUAUUCCAGAGCACCAACUCCUACUGAUUCAGUGGGUACAGAGAGUAGACAAGCUUCUCAAAAUUCCUGCAGUCUGCCAAAUAAGUACAAAUACCAAAUGGAGGUCCCUUUUGAAAGGAUGUCUUCUUCUGGGUAUGAUAUGGAAAACAGAAGUCAUUCCAGUCCUAACAUGCCAAUCCAAAUAUUUUAUGAUGAUGAUCCUGGUAGAUAUGUUACCACUGCUCCUCCUCAGCCAAGUUCUUAUUUUCAUGAUCAACAUAACACAGGACAAACCUCCAAAGUGCAAUAUGUACAUGAACAAAGAGGUCGACUGGUGCAUGCUAUGGGUACAAGGCCUUAUUACAGUGAAAUGGAGCCCUAUCCAUACACCUUACAGGCCGGGUAUCCAAAAUCCCAUACAGCAAAUGAGCCAGGGCCAUAUAUCAUACAACCACAACCAACUAGAAUAUUUUAUGGAGAUGACCCAAGGACUUAUCAAAUUCAGACUGCUCCUCCAAGGUUUUAUUAUUCACAUGACAUGCACGCCAUGCCACCACUGCACCAUGUCCCAGCAAGGGCCCAUUAUACAGACAGCCAAAAAAAUGUGAGAAUCAUUCAGGCACAGACAGAUGACUGGUGCAGUUCAUAUGCUUCUGGAUAUUCCUCUAAUCCGGUAACUUAUGUGUCCCAAGUCACUCCAACCAAAGUCCAACAAGAAGCUGUAUUAAUGCCUUGGUAUUCUAACCCUUCUGCAGAAACUCAAAGAAUUGGCACAGAUUCUAAAGCAUACUCCAGAUCAUUAGAUGAUAUCAUCACGUCACAUACAGGGAGGGAACAACCCCGUUCUGUUCAACGGCAUCAGAGCUAUAAUGAUCUAGAUCCAAGGAAACCUGUCGGAGCCUCAGUUGACAAACCACAGCCAGUGGUAGUCAAUCUCUCCACUUCACCAAGACGUUAUGCAGCUUUAUCAAUGUCUGAUAACUCCUUGAUUGACCAAAGUCCUCCACCGACAUUAAAGAACACAACUAGCAAACAGUGGUUAGUAACUCCUGAAAUUACAAUCACUGAUAAUGACUUUCGGACUGGGAAUCUUAGGAAGGCUGAAGGAAAGUCUGCCAGUUGGGAUAUUCUGGACUCUAGAGGCACUGAAGAUCAAGAAAUUACAGCCUCAACCAAAGAAAAGCCACAUGACAACUCUCUUCAGCAAAGUCUUGAACAACUUGAUGAGCUGCUGGCUGAUCUUGUGACCGACUACAAACCGCACACUCGAAGGGCAAGUGAGGAUAUACUAGAUCAGCUAAAGAAGCUAAUUGAUGAGGAAGAGGCAGUAUCUCUGUCAAGGAAGAACUCAGAGGCUGUUGCAGAAGAACCACCACCUCUUGACAAGCAGCCAACCUCAGUAAGAUUAAACCCUGAUUCAUUUCAAGAUAUGGAUGGGGCAAGUGAUGCAAUGAUGGGUGCAGAUGAGUGCUCCCCAGAUCAGAGCCCAGAUGAAGAUGAUACAAUGAUGUGUUCAAACAACAAAUGCCGGAGAACUGAAACUCUGUUCAAUGCUUGCCUUUACUUUAAAUCCUGCCACAGCUGCUACACAUAUUACUGCUCUCGCAACUGCCGAAGAGAAGACUGGGACAUUCAUAAAGAGAGUUGUGUUUAUGGUAGAAUUGGCAGCUCAUGUCGACAUAUCAUCAAACAUUGUCGUGAGACUAUUGAAGUCCACAAAGCCUUCUCCCGUCUUGCCAAAGUUGGUUACCUUUCUCGAGGUAAAGGCGUACUCUUCCUUGGUUUCCCAAACACUGUGUCAUCCAGUAACUUUUUGCAGGCAGGCCUGGAUAGUCUACCUAUGUCACCUACGUACUUGUCCCUAAGAGAGCUUGAAAGUUUCAAAGACAACCUCGGUGAGUACUGUAAAGAGUUGCAAGAAGCUGGAAAUGAGUAUGACCCGAAUGAAUGUUUUAUCUUGAAUGUAUCCAUUGCUGUCGGUGAACAGCUGCCUGAUGGGCCUUCACCAAGGAACCAAGCUCCAGCAGUCAGAAAAUAUGCAAAAGUUGCUCUGGCUUCUUUUAGCCCUGACAGAAAGAUCCACAAAAAACAGGGUGAGAUGGAAACCCUGAUCCUAACUCCACCACCAGGAACAGCAGAUAUUGACAAAGAGGGAGAAGAAGGCAGGAAGGCCAGAGAAAUCUGUUUUAUCAAUAUACAACGAGAGUUAAGGAUCCGAGGAGUAUUCUUACGCCAUGAAUAUCCACAAGUUUAUCAGCAGCUCUGUGAGUUUGUGGAAAAUAACCUAAGAUUUACCCCCACCACGAUUUAUCCGAUUGAUAAGAGGACAGGUAAACAGUUUAUGUGCAUGAUUAUGGCUGCCUCUGAGCCAAGGACCUUGGACUGGGUAGGGACUCCACAUCUUCUUGAUGACAUCAUUUAAAAGCAAAAAUGUGUUUGGAGCACACAACCUAUACUGUACAUUUAUUUAUUUUGUUAUUUUGUCAUUAUAAUUCUUAACAGAAUAUUGUACUGUACAUUAUUUUUAACAUACAGAACAUAGUUUUUAUCCUUGUGAUUUAUCUGUAUAUUGGCUGCUUACUGUUACAUAUACAACAUACAGUACUUCCUUCACAAGGAAUGUCCCAAUAUUUGAUGAUGUAUUAUCGAAAAAAAAUAUUCAUUAUUAUGUUCUUGACUUCAAAGACAAUUCUAUGCAAAGCUGAUAUAUAUUAAUAAUUAUUAUAUCAUAUUAUCCAGCCAUUUUUUUUAUACCGCUUGUCUUCAUUAGGGUCAGGGGUGAGCUAGAGCCUACCCCAGCCGAAAUUGGGCACACCCCGGACUGGUCACCAACCAAUCGGCGGGCACAUAUAAGCACACAACCGUUCACACCCAUACCUUUGGACAAAUUAGUCUUUAAUUAACCUACUAUCCAUGUUUUGGGAAUGCAGGAGGAAGCAUGGGAGACAUUUACCUAUAUAAAACCA